AUGAAGAAUUUGGAGAUUGUUGCUUCAGAGAUUCCUUUAUUUUUUAUUUAUUUUUUAUUUUAUUUUUCUACUUUUUCUUUUCUUUUCUUUUUCUUUUUCUUCUUUUUCUUUUCUUUUUCUUUUUUCUUUCUUUUUUCUUUCUUUUCUUUUCUUCUUUUUUCUUUUCUUCUUUUUUCUUUUCUUCUUUUUUCUUUUCUUCUUUUUUCUUUUCUUCUUUUUUCUUUUCUUCUUUUUUCUUUUCUUCUUUUUCUUUUCUUCUUUUUUUUUUUCUUCUUUUCUUUUUUUUUUUUCUUUUUUUUUUUUUUUUCUUUUCUUUUUUCUUUUCUUCUUUUUUCUUUUCUUCUUUUUUCUUUUCUUCUUUUUUCUUUACGUUUUGCUUUUCUUUUUUCUUCUAUCAUGAAUGAAACUAACACAGAAAUUACAUGGCCAUCAAAAUUAAAGAUUGGUGCUAAAUCAAAAAAAGAUCCUCAUAUCAAAGUUAUUGGGAUGCCAAAUGAUGUCAAGGCAGCAAAGGAGAAAAUUAUGAGCAUUCUAGAUACUAAGGGCAACCGUGUUACCUUAAAAAUGGAUGUAUCACAUACUGACCACUCACACGUCAUUGGGAAGGGAGGGAACAAUAUUAAAAAAGUGAUGCAGGGGACAGGAUGCCACAUCCACUUUCCCGAUUCUAAUCGAGGUAACAAUGUUCAGGAGAAAAGUAAUCAGGUUUCAAUAGCAGGUCAACCAAGUGGGGUUGACAGUGCAAGAAUACAGAUUAGAGAUCUACUUCCUCUUGUGUUCAUAUUUGAAAUGUCCCUGUCACCCCCUUACCCAGAUCCAUCUUCAUCUCACUUGUUACAUCUACAGCAGUUGUAUAAUGUGACCAUCACCUUUAAACAGAAACCACGCACAUACUUGACCAUUAUCACUGUCCGAGGGUCAGUCUACAAUGCUAAAAUGGUAAAGGAGGCUACAGCCCGACUUAUGGAGCAUCUUAUGAACAGUGUUGGGGUGAGCCUACCUGUAAGUAUGCAAUUAGAAAUUGCUCCCCAACACCAUUUAUUUAUGAUUGGCCGAGGUGAUAUGAAUAUCAAACAAAUAAUGCAGAGGACAGGAGCCAGUGUCUAUUUCCCGGAACCAAACAAUGUCAACCCACUUCGGAAAGGGACAGUCUACAUUACUGGUCCCAUUGAGAGUGUCUAUCAAGCUCGACAGCAUCUUAUUGGAUGUUUACCUUUGGUAUUAAUGUUUGACAUUAAGGAAGACAUUGAGAUUGAACCUGCUUAUAUCAGUCAAUUAAUGGAACAAUUGGAUGUGUUCAUCAGCAUCAAAUCAAAACCCAAACAACCAAGCAAAUCGGUCAUUGUGAAAAGUGUGGAGCGGAAUGCUACCAAUAUGUAUGCUGCUCGUAUUCAGCUGCUUGGCCUUGACAAAGAAUUAAGUCAAGUGUCUCCCAGCAGUCCAGGAACAAAUGGCAGUAUAUCUGCUACCACAACAUCUACCAACAUGCUUGGAUUGUCUUCUCUUGGUAUUUUGAAUCCAAAUAUUCUUACUGUCAACACAACCAACCCUUUGAUGGUUAAUGGUCAUCAUAAUCUACCAUCAAUGGUUAGCCCUGCCAACAGUCCCAAUCAUGCUUGCCCUUCUAGUCAAUGGGUACCACCUCCUCCAGGUGUGUAUGCACAUCCUGUGAUGAUGAUGAACCCAACAACACCCACUUCCCUCACCUCAGCUUUGGACAUUUUCUCCCAGUGCAAUGGACUGCAGAAAGGAUUCAAUCAAAAUAACCGAGCACCCUUCACCAGUAUCCCGGCCACAACACCAAACACAGAACAAGGUUUACGAAACCCAAGGGAAAAUUCUUCACCAAAUGCAAUACAGAGUCAUUGUGAUAUUCCAGUCGAUUUUCAAUAUUCCAGUAAAUUCAACGACAUAUUCAACAACGAUCUAACCUUGGGUUUACUUGACCUUGGGAAACCCUGUACUUCGGUUUCUAAACUUCAGUCAAAUGUUCUGGAUGGGGAUUUGGCGUCUUCUCUUCACAGUGAGCGUUCCACCGAAUCUGGGAAUGAUUCUGAAGGAUCAAAUAAACGUGCACCUGGCAGUGAGAGAAAAAAAGGUGCUGGUAAUAGCAACAACAGUAGUAACAACAACAAUUUCUUCCCCAACAACAAUCUUCAGCAAUCAACUGACGUGGACUAUGAGCGGAGGAAACUGCUUGCUACCAAAGCCAUGCAAAAGAAACCAGUUGGGGAAUCUCGAGUUCCCACCAACACUUGGUCAGGAAUGGGAUUCUCAAAAUCAAUGCCCGAGUCAGCAAUCCGGAAUCGUCUUGGACAGAACAUAUCGAACCGCUCAUCUAGUUAUAAUGAAUACAACCUUAUAAUGCCAUAUGAGCAGCCGAAUGUGUCAGACUUUCCAGACAUUAACCGGGACCUCUGGAAAGACUCUAAACCCCUCAAUGCUCCAGUGCCUUCACCGUCUCCCAUGUGGGAAUAUUCAAGUGCACGCAAACGAUUUGAGUUUGGCUUAAGCAACAGCAACCAUGCAGACAGUGCCACUCUUCCUACAAAGACUCUGGUCUGGUCUUCGGAGACGGACCUGGCUGAAUUAUUUAGUAAACUUGGGCUUGGCAAAUAUACAGAUGUCUUCCAGCAACAAGAGAUUGACCUUCCCACCUUCAUGACGAUGAAUGACAAUGACUUGCGAAUGUUAGGAAUCUCAACAUUUGGCGCACGCAGAAAAAUGUUGCUAGCAAUUGCAGACCUAAAUCACCAAAAAUCCCAACCCACCACCACCACGACAACAGCAACAACGGCGGCAACAACAGCAACCAUUACUACGAACAACUCGUUUCCGGCAAACGAGGCUACAUCAUGGAUGGACAAUCCUCGGGUGGACAUGGGAAGUUUAAGUGGACGAUGGUAG